AUGUCAGGAGUGGUGCACUUCAAGUUCAAGUCGUCUCUUGUGAAGGACUCCGUCACAUUCGAUGGCCACUACAUCUCCGUUGGCGAGCUCAAGCGCUUGAUAGCUGCAAAGAAGGGCCUCGGCGCCGAGGGCGGCGCCGAGCUCGAGGUGUCAGAUUGGAACACGCGCGCCGCCUACACCAACGACGCCGAGCAGAUACCCCGCAACACCUCCGUCAUCGUCCGCCGCGUGCCCGCUGCCACCAAGGGCCGCCCCGGCCCCGGCAACCGCGCCGGCGCCGCCGCGGCCGGCGCUGCCGGCGCCUCCCCUGCCGCCGGCCCGCUCGCCGCGCUCGCCGCGCUGCAGGCGCGCGACGACUUUGGCGGCGACGUGUACGAUGCUGCUGCGGCGGAGGCGGGCCGCCAGGAGGAGGACGCGCUCAUCGCGCAGCACCUGGACGCGCAGGCGCAGCAGGGAACCUCCUGA